AUGAGGCAUGGCGAGUCUGAUCUGUUCAAGAAGUACCGUGUGGUGAAUCGGAUGACAUCUGAGCAUGCUUUGAUGCUACAACAGGUUGACGACACGGUGCAUGUGGUGUCUAUGACAGAGAAUGGGUAUUUGAUUUAUGACGCAAGCAGGCUGAAUCUGCUGUUCUGUGGGCCGAUGCUCUGUAGGGUUGACUGUGGGUAUCAGUAUAACGGUAUUGUGUAUGUGUGCUCGGGCAAUAAAGUGUAUGUUACUGUACGUGGAGAGGUGAUCAGGAGUGUUGUACUGCACGAAGGCAGUGGAAAGUCCAACAAGAGGGUGAAGGUUGCAGAGGAGGGCAGCAAUCGGGUUGUGAAGCAGAUUAUUGGGUUUGGAAGCAUGCUGUUGCUGUUGAAGGAGAACGAGCUGGUUGUGACGGAUGAUCUGAACGAGAUGUACAAGAUUGAGCACGAAGGCAUAGUAAAGCUUUUUCACCCACACACGUAUGUGAACAAGGUGAUCAAGGUGUUGAAAGGAGGACAGAUGGUUCUGUUCAAUGUGAUGUCUAGGAAGGUUAUAUAUACAUAUAAGGCGUUUGAGUCGAUGAUAAGCGUGAUAGAGCAAAGCAGUGUUAUUGAUGUUGCGGGGAUAGGGCUAGAAGAUGGGACGAUCCAUAUUUUUAACCUGAAGUCUGACAAGAUGCUUUUCUCGUUGAAGAUGAAUGGAAGGGUGAAUGAGUUGAGUUUUGGAGGAAACUCAUUAGUAGCAGUUAGCGAUGCUGAAAUGGCAGUGUUUGAUUUAGAUGACAGGAGGAAGAUGAUGAGUGUGAAGGGCUUGACAGCAGGAGGAAAGAGGAACUAUGAUGCCGAUGAAGAUGCUGAUGUAAGGGGAUAUAGCCGAGUAAUAAGUGCACGAUUUCUUGACAACAAGUCUAUGGUGUUGUCCACAGAGAAUGCAAUAAGUAUUUAUGAGAUAAAGAACUACACUCUUGAGUUGAUCAAACGAAGGAGUGUUUAUAACGGGGAGAUUGUUGGGAUGGAAUUUGUUAGCAGAAACAGUGUACUUCUUUUUGGCCCAAGAAGUGUGUUUAGCACAAACAUUUACAAAGAUGAGCAGAGCUUCAUGUUCAAGUUCAAGGGAGCAGUCGAGAUAAUGGAUGUGAACCACAAUGCUGUGUGUUUUGGAAACAAGCAGCUUCAUGCUCUUGAGUUUAACGAGAAGAGGUCUAGACUUGUUCUCAGGAAGGAUAUCAAAUGUCUUGCAGUGUACAAGGACUUCUGUUGUUUCGGAAAGGAUAAGGUUUUUCUGAUAAAUCUCAGGUCAAAGCUGGUGCAUGCUAGAUUUUGUGUGGGAGAGGAUCUUGUUGAUAUAGCAAUGGAUUUAGAGCAGAUAGUUGUUGCCACUGUGUCUGGCUUGUAUUUUUAUUCGAUGAAUGGUGAGAUGAGGUCGAAGUAUGAGUGUGCAGGGAUCCGGUCGAUCAAACUGGUUGAGAACUUUGUGGUGAUAAGGAUGCAGAAUCGAAUUGUUUUAUAUGAGGAUGGGAUUUCUAGAGUGUUUGCAAUGAAUGAGGAGGUGAUUGAUUAUGGAAUAUCCAGUGAUUCGAGAUGGAUAGCAAUUCUGUGUGGAAAUAAGGUGACUGUAUAUGAUAUAGUGACGUCUAUACGUCUUGAUAUGCUUGAGAUGGAUGUGAAUGCAAGGUUUGUCAGGUUUUCUCCGGAUAUGGAUUUCUUGCUUGUUGCAUCAGAAAACAACGAUUUGAUUCUGUUUUCAAACAAGAUGUUGUUUUUGCAGUGCAACAGGUCAGAGGAGGAUGUGGUAGACUUCACGAUGUUCAAGGCAAGCAGCGAUAAACGGGAGGAGGUAUGGAAGAGGGAAAGAUGUAACCUGUGCUCGGAUCUUUUACUGAUUAGAGGAUUACAUCAACCAUCGAAUGUGGUAAAUGAUGAAUCUGCUGCAUCCGUGGUGCAAGUACUGGAGAGGCUGAUGGAUGAAGAAUGGAUAAAGGGACUUUGCAAACAAGAUGUAUUGAAGAUAAUGAGUUUGAUGAUGCCACACAUGAGCACGGCAGUUGACAUCACUCAAAGGAUCUUGUUUAGUAUUUUGAAGUACAAAUCGCAUCUUUUAGAGCCUGGUGAUAUAUCUGCAUUUGGUAAAGCAUUUGGAAGUGUGUGGGCAGACUUUGAGGAAAGCAUGCUCAAGACGAUUGGAUAUCUUACUGUUGAAGCAGAGGGUCUAAUUUAG